AUGUCAGGGCCUCUGGGAUUUACCUCGAAUCCCUAUGGCAAGAUAACACCUUCUUUUUUCUUUUAUCCAGAUGCCAUUCCGAAAGCGAACACACCCAUAACAUGGGGUGUCGAGGAUCACGAAAAGAUACCUGAGACAUGGGUUACUAUCACAUUAGGCGACGGGAAAAGAUUGAACAACCCACAAGGCAACUUUCCAUCCGUUGCUUUAUGGAAUGAAGAGGGCGAACCGAUCGCCAGAUUCACCGGCAAAGGUCCAGUGAAAAUUGGAAAAGGAGGCCACAAGACACAAGUAAUCCAGCAGACCUUGAACGGAAGAAAAGACGAAGAUCCUGGGUACAUCAUGCUCAGCGCAGACGAGGACGCCAUAUGCAUCGCCAUGAUUCAGGUAUCAAACGGCAGGCAUUCUUCAGUUUUCUUUGGAGACACUGGAUAUGUGUGCGGCCAGACGUGGUACUACAGCUCGAUUCGAAUGUCCGAGCAACAUAUCAACUUUCUCGCCCCAGUGGACUCGCUUUUGAACUCGAGAUGUGCUUGGCUGGAUGCCGACCACUCCGGUGAAAUCAAUGCACGGGCGAUGAGCUAUCACCUAAGAGACAUGAUCCCAUCAAAUGACAAGCUCGCACUGUACAACUUAGCGGAUCACAAGUACCUCUGCGGUUCUACGCGGCGCUUCGCGUGGUGGAAGAACUUAAGGCCAAACGGCAAGAUUCCGUUCUUCAACCCACCCUUGGAGUACAUUGCCGACAGCGAAGAUCGCAGAAAAGAAGGUGCAGAUAAAUUUCCGACUCUUGCUCUCGAUGAUAUUCACUACAAUAGGGAUGUAUACAUCGAGCAGGGAGAAUCUCCCGAUGUUGCAAAGUACUACGAGAAGCAUCCAUAUGCGACAAAUAGGAAAAAACGGAAUGCCAAGCUGCAGCUGAGCAAGAGGCAAGGUUCAAACAUGGACACGGAGCGGAUUAUUGUGACAGAGAUUCCCGGCCAAACUGCCCGAGAAAUCUGUGAGGACCCAAACUCUGCCGGUUACGACAUUGCGUCUUACGUCGACAUGAAGUACUGCGAUCUUUCGGAAAGAAAACUGUACGACUUGUGCAGUGGCACCAUCACUAGCAACUGCUUCGACGCCAACAGCACGGCAUUUGUAGGUGUCAUCAACGCACGAGGUGAGAAUUCUGCUCCACUGAAGGAGUACAAGGAGCGAAGUCAUUGGAAGUGA